AUGGACGGUGUGUUCCACCAUCACGAGGACCGGAGCAUCAAUGACAGUGAUUAUGAGAGUGAUGAUGAGGCAUCGGAUAUGGAACCAUCAGUCCCCCAGUCCCCUAGUAUAGAUGGUAAGGCACCCACUGACCUAGCUGAGAACCGUUUGUUCCACAAGGGUCUAGCACGCAAGUCGAGCCUAGUGCAACCGGCAAGCUCACCCUGCUCUUGUAAUGCUUUAGUAGAGGAUGCUGACAACGAAGAAUAUUCUGACGACGAAUAUGCUUAUGAGCCUUUGACACAAGAAUCUGAGGCCAGCGAGAGACGGAGCUACCGGUCUUGGCUUCCUCUUCCUACGAGGCUUCUGGAAUACGAGCAGAUCCCUUCAUACGUGCAACUAGUCUCUGAUGACGAAAUGUCGGACACGGAGCCUUUACUGGAGACUUCUGAACCGAAGAAGCAUACAGUCUCGCGGUCUUGGAUCCCAAUUCCUGCCAAGAAGGUGAUAGGCCGAUAG